AUGGCUUCAAUUGGUCGCUCGCCUAUCUCGGCGAGCCUUCUGCGCCUGAGACAAUCCUAUUCGAAGCUUGACGCUGGCUUUUUGGCCGUGGUUGCCUGUCCUGGCCCUGGUUACGAUACCUCCACCACUUUACUUUCCUACCAGCAUGCAACACCUGAUAAUCAGACCGAGCCUCUCACAUGGUCCUUGAAAUUUGCACGAUGGGAUUCAGUCUAUUUUCUGCACAUCGCCGAGCAGGGAUAUGUCUUUGAGCAGGAGUGGGCUUUCGGUUAUCCCAGAGUGUUGGGUUGGUUUAUUUCAGGACUUCGCAUGUCUGGGGCAGAAGGCGGGCAAAUCAACACGGCACUCGUGGGUGUAGUGUUGUCCCACGUUGCGCAUUAUCUCUCCAUUUUGGCUCUGUACCGUCUCUCGGUCAAUAUAUUUGGUCAUGCGACAGCGGCCCAGAAACUCAUCUGCUUCUUGUCGGCGGCGCUACAUAUCAUCUCCCCGGCUGGAGCAUUUCUUUCAGCACCGUAUGGUGAAUCCUUAUUUUCCCUUCUGAACUUUACGGGCUUUUACCUCUACACCUCUUCACUUAUCAACGAGCAUAACGGUAUCACUGUCUUGCGGGAUAUCCAAGUCCUCACGGCUGCUGUAUUGUUCGCUCUUGCCACGAUUGUCCGCAGCAAUGGUAUUCUGAGCGGAUUCGUGUUUGCAUAUGACGCCUGUAUGGUGGCCUGGACAACCCUGACCCAGGGUCCAUCUCUUCACAAAACCCGUUACUUAACGAUCAUGAUCCUGGGUGGCUGCAUUAUCGCCUUAGGCAUGAUGGUGCCCCAGAUCUUGGCCUACCGCACGUAUUGCAUGUCUGAGACGUAUCUUCGGCCCUGGUGCAGCUCGCCCUUGCCCAGUAUCUACGGCUGGGUUCAGGGACACUAUUGGAAUGUUGGGCUCUUCCGGUACUGGACGGUAUCGAACCUUCCUCUCUUCUUGCUGGCAACACCGGUCCUAGUGAUCAUGUGUCAGUCAUCUCUGUGGGCGAUGAAGGCUCCAUCUACCCUGCGCUCGGGAUCCAGAAAUCAUUCACCGUCAUCGGUCAGCCCCGGGUCAAUGCUAUUUCGACUGGCCGUGCCCCAGGGCCUCUUAGCAGUCAUGGCUUUGACGAGCUAUCACGUCCAAAUUAUCAACCGAAUUUCUUCCGGGUACCCAGUCUGGUAUUGGUACCUCGUUUCCAGCGCCAUGGACAGCUUCCAGGAUCACCUGAAGGGCCGUCGCGGUCUCAUGAACGCCGCGCAAACCAUGGUGGCCUACGUAUUGAUCCAGGGAGUUCUCUUUGGUUCUUUUUUGCCUCCGGCUUGA